AGUAAGAAGAAAUAUUUUGGAAAGGCCACAAAAUGCUGAAAAUAAUCACAAGAGUCUCGUGCAUCAGAUUAAAGUGAAGAUUAGACAAGCGAGACUUGCAAAAAGUGCGCGAAGACACGCGAAACGCUAACAAAUCGUGUGCCACAAGAACGCAAGAUACGAGCAAAAAGCAAAGAAAAAAAAGUACCAAGGAAAAAAUAAUAAUAAAAUAAUGGCCACUUCUGCAACAAAUAAUAAUAAAAAGACAACAGUGGUUCGUGUGGGGAACUACGAGCUGCACAAGACACUGGGCAAGGGCAAUUUUGCAAUAGUUAAGCUAGCAUCAAAUAUUAUCACAAAUUCAAAAGUCGCCAUUAAGAUAAUUGACAAAACAUGUUUAGACAAGACAAAUUUGGAGAAAACCUUCCGCGAGAUCUCCAUCCUCAAGCGUCUGCAUCACACACACAUCACGCGGCUUUACGAGGUCAUCGAGUCGCGCAACAUGAUUUAUCUCGUGACGGAACAUGCGGCACGCGGCGAAAUUUUCGACUAUCUCGUGACAAAUGGGCGCAUGAAAGAGGACGAAGCGGCGCGAAUAUUUGCGCAACUCGUGUCCGCAAUUGAAUUUUGUCACAGCAAGGGUGUCGUGCAUCGCGACUUGAAGCUGGAAAAUGUCCUGCUCGACACAAACAUGAACGUCAAGUUGGCGGAUUUCGGUUUUAGCAAUACUUUCACGCCGGGCACGCCGCUGAAGACGUGGUGCGGAUCGCCGCCAUAUGCGCCGCCGGAACUCUUUCUCGGUGUCGAGUACGACGGACCAAAGGCGGAUAUCUGGAGUUUGGGCGUUGUGCUGUAUGCGCUCGUGUGUGGCGCCCUGCCCUUUGACGGAGUGACGCUGCACGAUUUGCGGUCGCUCGUGAUGAACGGCAAAUUUCGCAUUCCCUUUUUCAUGUCGCAGGAGUGCGAGCAUCUCAUUAGGCACAUGUUGGUGGUGGAGCCGGAACGACGAUACUCGCUGGGACAAAUUGCGCGACACAAAUGGCUCGAGAUGCACAACGUGAGUGUAAAUGAGGAUUUGAGUGCGUUUAGUAUGGAUCACACCAACUUAGAUGCCACUGUGAUGACGCAUAUGCUGCAACUUCCGGGACUGUCGGUCGAUCUGAUAGCACAAUCCGUCCACGAGGAACGCUUCGACCGCAUUUAUGCCAUUUAUUUUCUGCUCGUGGACAAGUUGAUGGAACGGCGAAAUGAGCAAUUACGGGUAAUGCAACAUAAUAUGGCCUAUUCCAGAUCACGCAAAACGAGUAUUACAACGGGUCACGUCGAUCGCUCGGAAUCAAUCAAACAAGAAACCAUCGAUCGCUUGAGUCCCCUAACGAAUGUUGGUGCUGUCUUCACACCGACCAUCAACGAUCCCGCUGGCGAAAUCGAAAAAAUUAUCGAUCUUGACAUGGAUGUGAGUCCCACGAUGAUCAAGACACCGCCAUCUGCCACGACAACGACGUCGACGACCGCCGAAAAUCAGGAUCUUCUCUUUCCGUCGUAUGGCACAAAUAACGGAGGCAGUACGCGUCGUCAUACCGUCGGACCGGGUGAUGUUGCGCACGAACAAGCGCUCGCCAAUCCCACGGCUCCCAUCAAUUUCAAGCACGGAGCCGAAGCAGCUGUGCCACACAUUCCCACGAAUUUGCCAAUGCUCGAAAAUCAGCCGCUCACGAUGCUGACGAUGAAGGACCAACACUUGCUCAAACCGCCAACCGUCAUGGGUGCCAGCACCUUUGGACGACGCGCUUCCGACGGAGGUGCCAAUUUACACAUUUUCUAUCCGACGGGACCGUCGGGCGUGCAUCACCAGCAAAAUAUGCAGGAUGUGAUGUACCAACAGCAGCAGCAGCAGCAACAACAGCAGCAACAGGUUGACAGUGGGAAACAUGUGCAAGAUGCCGUCAUGAUGACGAGUGAGGGAGGCGAAGAGUCAGGCGAUGAAAUUCAAAGAUACAUGAAAAGCCGAGGCUUAAGUCAUCGUCACACAGUCGGAUGCACGGACGACCUUUCAAAAUCCGGAUCUUCGAGUGGAUCUCAUUCACCAGCACCGUCCUCCAGUGGACGAAUCCGCAAGACUGGCUUACUAACCGUAACAGAACGACCUCCAGUGAUAAGUCCCGAUUUGAUUCGAGAGGUCGAAGCCCGUAUGAAUCGAAAUUACUUGCCACCCCAAUUAAUACCAAAUGGUUGUGCCACAAAUAGUGGACAAAGCCCACCACAUGCAACUUCUACGAGUGCACCUUCGAAUCCUCCUCCGCCAAAUAUCUCGUCGGCAGCCAUUGCCCGACGAUAUAUGGGCCGAACGGGAUGCAAAUUGCCGACGGUACAAGAAGUAGGUCGUUACAGUCCCGUAAGACGCGCCUCUGAAGGUUCAAAGAUAAAUGCACCAUUCCAAGGCGUGCUUCAAGAGUGCCAGCAGCUACAAAAAGCAACUCAACCACGACAUUUACUUGUCGCUCAAAGUCCACCGCUUGCUGAUAACUCAGUGAGCUUGCCAGGUUCUCCAAUCCACUGCAAACCAAUUGACGAAAGACAAAUGCAAGAAAUUGAAAUCCCGCCAGAUAUGUUGCUGUCGAUAAAACCGGGACUCGAGUUACUCGUCCAGGAGAACCGCAUCAGUCUCGAUAUGGCCCAAGCUAUCCUGAACACGCGCAUCAUGAGCAUUGAAAUUGCCCAAAGUUUAGGUUUAGUCGCACAUUCGGGCCAAAAUAUGGACACCAUGAUGAUGUCUGCGUUGCAUCACAGCCAAAGUGCGUCGCCCCUGUCGAAGCAUCACCACCAUCCACUAGGAAACAACAGCAAUUUACCAAAUCUAAGUCACCAGUACAACUAUCACUACAACGGAAUUGCCAAUUUUGCAGCGCCCGCGCCAACCGCCAGUGGCGAAACGUCACCCCUUUGCACGUCUCCCAUGCACCAAAUCACUCGCGGCAUCAGCGGCUUGAACACCGGCGGCGGCGGAUCAAUUUCUCGCGGCACUCCUGCCAGCUCUAAUGAACCCCUGGACCUGUCAAUGGACGUUGUGCCGAAUUAUAAUGUGUCGCCGGCACUUUAUGACAUGCGACAACUGACAAUUACGCCGACAGUUCGUCUUGCACCGUCGCCGCCAACCUCGCCAAACAACUUGUGCAUCAUCCAGGAGGAAAAUGGGCAACAAGUGGGAAAUACCCCGUCGCCGCCGACCCCCACACUCGACUAUUUGCACUCACAUCCGCAAAUUUGCUUGACAGACGUGCAAGGAAGCGAAAUCACACUUGUCGCAUUAUCCGAUAGCAGUCGCGACAGCGAGGACUCCCUCGAAGGCAACACCGGCAAAACCACUUCGUCGUUCCAGGGACUUCUCAUAACGGAACCAUCGAGCGAUAUGCCGUCAAUUACGCGUGGCGUCGGUCGAAAAACAAGUCUUGAAAACGAGCGACACGAAAAACUCGAAACUGACGUAGACACGUACGCGCGACGUGGCAGCGACAAAAGUCUCGGAUUCAGUGACGACAGUUUGAGCAACGACUCGAAUUUGUCGCCAUCGGGUCCCGAGCCAUCUGGCAGCAGUGGAUUCCAUUCGCAUUCGGAACACGACACAUCCCGUUUGAGUCCCGACUCGCUUUCGGAUCGUCGUUUGUCCGACGAAUACUGCGAACUUCCGCUUCCCUAUGACUGCAGCAACAUGGAAUCGUCGCACAUUCUGGAAAUUGUCAAGAAAACCAUCGAUUCGAAGAUGCCGCCAAAGGGUUUUUCGCUAAAUAACGAGGCAAUGGCUUCCACGAGCUCCAUCGAUGCGUCAAACCUCAAUAUUGAGUACUCCAAUGGGUUGCAAGUCGAGUUGCAGGUGGUCAAGGAGAACAAAGGCAUCAAGUUGCGACGAAUAUCGGGCGACCAGUUGGAAUACGGGAAAUUGUGUCAACAACUGAUAACGUCGCUGACGGUUAACUGACGAAAAAGUUGCUUUUAAGUUUGUUAUUUUUCCUAAAAAUGAUCAUUAAGUUAGUCCCUUUACCCUUUUCCCUAAAAAAAUUUCAAAAAAAUUAACGUCAUACGUUUUGAAAACGUACAAAAGAGCAUUUUAUUCAAAACUGCCGUCUAUAAAAUUGUUAAAAUGAUUUUUAUUGUUUUUUUUUCUGAUAAACUUGUUUCUGUUCAUGAUGAAGAAGAAAAAAAAAUGUUAAAUGUGCCAUAAAUGUGAUACAAAAAAUAUGUGCACAAUUCCAAACAAAAAAUGUUAAAAAUUAGUAAAAUUUGUGCAGUUAAUCUGUUUUAUUCGAAA